GCUGUCCGGCUCGCUGCCUGACCGGGCAACCCUCCCUCGCUGCGGCGAUCCCGCGACCGCUGACGCACGCGGACAUCGCCAGUCCGUCGGGCCGCGCUGGCUAGCGAAGCUUCUGCGACUGGGCGGGCGGGCGGCGCGGCCCGGCCGGGGUCCUUGCGGGUCCUCGGCCGGCCCGGGGGAGGGCCCUCUUUGUGGCUGCAGUUGGCAAGAUGGCGCCGGUGGGGGUGGAGAAGAAGCUGCUGCUGGGCCCCAAUGGGCCAGCGGUGGCGGCCGCCGGCGACCUAACCAGUGAAGAGGAGGAAGGCCAGAGUCUUUGGUCUUCGAUCUUGAGCGAAGUGUCCACCCGCGCCAGGUCUAAGCUGCCCUCCGGCAAGAACAUUCUGGUGUUCGGAGAAGAUGGUUCUGGUAAAACAACUCUCAUGACCAAACUACAAGGAGCAGAGCAUGGCAAAAAAGGAAGAGGCUUGGAGUAUCUUUACCUCAGCGUUCAUGAUGAGGAUCGAGAUGACCACACACGCUGCAAUGUGUGGAUUUUAGAUGGAGACCUCUACCACAAAGGCCUGCUGAAAUUUGCAGUUUCAGCUGAAUCUUUGCCGGAGACCCUGGUCAUUUUUGUUGCAGACAUGUCUAGACCUUGGACUGUAAUGGAAUCUCUACAGAAGUGGGCUAGUGUUUUACGUGAGCACAUUGACAAGAUGAAAAUUCCACCAGAGGAAAUGAGGGAUCUGGAACGGAAAUUUAUGAAAGAUUUUCAAGAUUAUAUCGAGCCUGAAGAAGGUUGUCAGGGUUCCCCACAGAGAAGAGGGCCUCUGACCUCAGGCUCAGAUGAAGACAGUGUUGCCCUCCCUCUGGGUGACAAUGUGCUGACUCAUAACCUGGGGAUCCCAGUGUUGGUGGUGUGCACAAAGUGUGAUGCAGUGAGCAUAUUGGAGAAGGAACAUGAUUACAGGGAUGAGCACUUGGACUUCAUCCAGUCACACCUACGGAGAUUCUGCCUCCAGUAUGGAGCUGCCUUGAUUUACACCUCAGUGAAGGAAGAGAAAAACCUUGACUUGCUGUAUAAGUACAUUGUUCAUAAGACAUAUGGCUUCCACUUUACCAUACCCGCCUUAGUUGUGGAAAAGGACGCAGUUUUUAUACCUGCAGGCUGGGAUAAUGAAAAGAAAAUAGCUAUUUUACAUGAAAAUUUUACAACCGUGAAGCCAGAAGAUGCAUAUGAAGAUUUUAUUGUAAAGCCUCCUGUGAGAAAGCUGGUCCAUGACAAAGAGUUGGCAGCAGAGGAUGAGCAAGUGUUCCUAAUGAAACAACAGUCACUUCUUGCCAAGCAGCCUGCCACGCCCACAAGAACCUCCGAAUCUCCUGCUAGAGGACCUUCUGGCUCUCCAAGGACCCAGGGUCGGGGUGGACCAGCUAGUGUGCCAAGCGCCUCCCCAGGAACAUCAGUAAAGAAACCAGAUCCAAACAUCAAAAAUAAUGCAGCAAGUGAAGGGGUAUUGGCCAGCUUCUUCAAUAGUCUGUUGAGUAAAAAAACAGGCUCUCCUGGAAGUCCUAGUGCUGGUGGAGUGCAGAACACAGCCAAGAAGUCAGGACAAAAGACUGUGUUGUCAAACGUUCAAGAAGAACUGGAUAGAAUGACUCGAAAGCCAGACUCCAUGGUAACAAACUCUACAACAGAAAAUGAAGCCUGAUCCUCCUUUAAAAGUGCAUAUGUCAAAUGACCAAAUAACUAUGUAUAUUUAUCUGAUAAGACCAGGAUUUUUCUGAUAUGGCACAUGCUAUCAGUUUUUUGGGGUAGGGGAGAUGAACUUUUAAAAAAAUAUAUACUUCAUUGGCUUGUCCGAGUGUGAAAUGCACAUUUAGGAAGGUUACACGUCAGGCUCCUUGUUAGGGAUGUCCCGUGGACUCUUGGGCUACGGUUCUCUUGUGGGAAGCAAGCACAGCUGGGCUUCUUUUAGAGUGGAGAAAGGAAGCCCACUUGCUAUCAGGGUGGAGCAAAUGAGACUAGGAAGUCAUUGAUCAGAUGGUCGUUAGUUUGACCAGUUGCGUGUUAGCAAAGUCCCUUGUUCUUGGGAAGCAGAUUAAGGAGCAGAAAGUCCAGGAAAGAGAAGAGUUCAGGAGGGAUGAGAGAAGUGCUGGGGGGAAGCUGAACGUUCGGGAGGUGGAAGAAGGAAGUGAGCGGCAUGAAGUCAUGCACAGUAGAAGGCAGAUAGCAUCGUUUAAGACUUAACCAAUUAGAAGCAUUUCCAAACUAAACACGAAACAGAUGGGAAUUGGGCUGUUCUGAGUGCAUCUUUAAUUUAUGAGAAAUGUGUUUUGUGUGGGGACACCUGAGAAAGGUGGAUCUGACACGGGUGGUGGAGAUGGCACCUGCCCAGAACCCACAUGCUUGGCCCAGGCCUUGUCCUUUUGUCCUUGGAGAAAUGCUGACUCUGCGUCUAUAACCUGGGACAGGCAGUUGCUGUGGGUUGUGUUCGAAGUCAGCAGAUACAAAAUUAGUUUACUUUGAUUUAUAUAUUUUAAAUAGCUCCUGCUUUGUUUUUUUAAUUAUUAUUUUUAACUACCACAGGCUGGCCAACUAACAGAAAAUGGGUGAUUGAUCUCUCAUUUUACCAUAAUGGCAGUGUGCUAUAUAAAGUUUGGGGGAAGUAUUUAACAUCAUUGCAUUCUGGUUAAUUAGCUUGUACCAAUUCCUGCCUUAGAGUCUGUGGUAACCUUCACUGAUACAAAAGGUUCUUUCUGUAGCUCCCUGGUCUGAUCACUGUUACCAGACCAACAAGUGAGUGCUUUACAUUGAAAAUGGAAGUGACAGGUUUGUGUUUGUCAUAAAUGUAGCACUUCUUUUCUUAUGGAAGUGAGAGUUUUAUGUGUCUUCCAUUUAGGGGCAUAUUCAUGCACAUCAUCAUGUCACACCACCAUUCUGAGAAUGACUUCUGUGGAUAUGAAAUAGCACUUUGAGUUUUCUGUGUGACACAGCACAUGUAAAUGCAAACACUACCAUGACUUUAAUGUAUAAGACAUUUGUUGUCCAAACCAAGGGGAAAACCACAGUUCACUUCCGUGGAGUUUACUUUUUUAUUUGAAUGUUUGUUAUAGUGUGUCUUGGCAUAAUGUCCCUAAUGUCAUUACUUUAUAUGCAUACCAGACUUGACUAACCACUAAUGUAGUGCUGGGCGGAAGUUAACAUCUAGUUUUAUGACAAGGCUCCUCGACUGUCUGGAGUCAUUUUGUAAAGGUCUGAACACUGUUAAGGAGAAAGCUGAGUGCUUACUUGCCUCUAACAACAAAAAGAUGUUUUUUGUGCCGGUUUUACUGUUGAAAUAUAUUAUUUUUUUCAUUUUUAAUUCUGUUUUUUUGUUGUUGUUAUUUUGGGGUUUUUAUUUUGUUUUUGUUUCUGAAAACAUGCAUUGUUGCUUCAAAUGACCAGGUUGUCUUAAGUGAUGACAGUAAACUGAUAGAGUGAAAGUUGUGAUGUAGUGACCUACAGAUGCCAUAUGGGCACAUAAAGGUAGGGUUGCUUAAUCUCUACAGCAGCCAGGGAAAAACGAGUGACCUCAGAAACAAGGAAGGAAAGACAACAUGCCUAAUUGUGUGUUUUUGUUUUUGUUUUUGUUUUUAAUUUUGAUGCAAAAUUUAAAAUGUAUCAUUUGAAUAGUUAAGCACUUUUUGUGUUGAUGUAAAACGUGCUAAAACCAACCAAUGAAAUGCUGAGGCCUGGUCUUGUGAAGGUUUCUGGGAGAGCACUGUUACUCCUUUGACACUUGGAUGCUUCUAGUUUCAGAAGAAACUGACGUAUGUUACCACAUGCUCAGUGGUUGCCAAAGUCUACCAGCUUUGGGGAGCUUCAGGGUUCUUAUGGGGUUUGGGGAAAUGAGGUAAUUUUUAUUAUUUUAGCAUUCUCAAGCAUUGGAACCAAAGGCCAGAUAAUAAACAGCCUUCACUUUUUAAAGUAAAAUUAAUUUUAUUUGCAGAAUACACUUGUAUGGUAGACUGUAAAAGACAAUUUUAUGACUAUUUAUACACAUUAUAGUGAUUACCUCUGUUUGUCUUUAAAUGGAUAAUUUUAAAUAAGCCCAACCUAAAAGUUACAGCCCAGAUGAGGGCUAUGAAUUGGUCUUUCCUAAAAAUCCAACAGAUAUGCUGCUAGAUUAUUUAAUUUGCACUUUUUUUUUCUUUCUUUCUUUUUUUUAAAGACAGGGUUUCUCUAUAUAGUCCUGGCUGUCCUGGAACUUGCUCUGUAGACCAGGCUGGCCUCCAGCUCAGAAAUGCACCUGACUUUGCCUCCCUAAUGCUGGGAUUAGAAGUGUGUGCUACAAUGCCCAGCUGUACCUUUGUUUUGUUUUGUUUUGUUUUGUUUUGUUUUUUUAAAUUGGCAUUUAAAAAACAGUAUUUAAACUGAAGAAACUGUUUUUUUAACUUGAUGAAGUUAAAAGUGACUGCUCUGUACAUCAUGACCUUAACAAUGCUGAUGCUGUAAGUGAAAGUUCACUGUUGUCUCUCUGCUAAGUUCAUUGGUGUUUUUAACUUAAAUCCGGAGUGCAGAUGAUCUCCCACUGGCCUUAGUCCAGGGCGUGGCUCUAUCUGGGUGCAGUAUGCAGUCAUGUGGAACCUUGCUUUCUAGUGCUGGGGAAGAUGUCUAAUUACUGGCUUCAAUAAACAUGAAUCCAGACUGCUUA